CUUCCCUGUUUGAAGUACCGAGAUAUUACGUAGUAGUUAGAUUAGCCAAUCAGGAUUCAGGAACGUGACAGAUCUCGGAAGCAUAGGGCGGGGCUUCACGGCAGCGUUUAGCAGGCACUGGAGAGUUUUUCUGUUGUUUAUGUUCAAUUUUCAUGACACCAAAAUGGGAGCUGGUAUCUCUACCUCGAUGGGAGAUGAUGGCCUACUGGAUUCUCUCCUUUGCCUCUCAUCUCUAUUCUUUCUACCAGCUGCACAGGUUUUCUAAAGAGCAUGAGGUCAGUCUGGACAGAGAGGUGCAGCUGGAGAGAGGAUUCUUUAUUUGGGGAUUCAAGAAGGACCCUACUGAUUUUGAAUGGAGUUUUUGGAAUGAGUGGGCGUGGCGGUCUCUUCUGUGGUCUCUGAUUGGACAUGCUGUGGUGUCCAGACUGGCAGCCUAUUAUCUGCCUCAGUUCCGACUGGCAGUCUUUGCAGUGUAUGGCUUGCUCUCCGCUGGAUGGCUUCUCGGCGUGUGGGGCGUGACUCUUUUGAUGCUACAUCUAAGCAUCUCAUUGGUGGUUGCUCAGCUACGUAGCCCCGCCCUAUCAUGGUUUUGCUCCCUCCUGCUGCUCUCCACACUCAAUGUCAGUGCCCUCCAGGAUUUACAGCGUGGCUGGUGUACUUCUGAGGACCAGUACUACCUCUUGCUCUUCAGUACUGCUGUUUGUAGUUUGCGCUGCAUUAGCUUUAGUCUGGAGCUGUGCUGGCACCCCCUGCAGGCCGGAGGACCAAACCACUGCUCCUCUCUGCAGGUUAAAAGACUAAAGACUCUAAUUUCUCAGUUCUACAAGCUCACUGCUUACUGCUUCUAUCAUCCUCUGUUCUACAACGGACCAAUCAUGACCUACAGAGACUUCAGCGAACAGAUGGAGAGACCGGUGUGUAAAGUGUCUGUGGUGUAUGUGUUAAGUGGGAUACUGCGCGUGUUUGUCUGGUGGUGUUUAGCCGAAUUCAUGAUCCACUUCAUGUACAUGCACGCCAUCCAGAGCAACGAAACGUACCUGGAGAUGCUGCCGCACUGGGCGUUAGGUGGUUUGGCUCUGGCGUUAGUGCAGUUUUUUUACGUAAAGUAUCUGGUCUUGUUUGGAGCGGUGUCUCUGCUUGUCAAGUUGGACGGACUGGAGCCGCCCACGUUACCACGGUGUGUCAGCAUCAUGUACAGCUUCACUGGGAUGUGGAGACACUUUGACGUGGGGCUUUACAAAUGGCUCAUCAGAUACAUAUAUGUGCCGUUGGGCGGCUCACAUCAUGGUGUGUUCUGGAAGAUUGUCUCCACGGCGCUGGCGUUUGGGUUUGUGUGUUUCUGGCAUGGUUGCCAUGACUAUCUGCUGUACUGGGCCCUGCUGAACUGGAUCGGGAUCUUGGUGGAGAACGUUCUCGCACUCCUCUUCUCUUCUCAUCCUCUUCAUCACGCUAUUGUGUGCUAUCUGUCACCUCGGAUGCAGAGGCGUGGCCUAGCUCUAAUCUCCGCCUUCUCCACUGCUCUUCUGAUUCUGUCCAAUCUGUUUUUUCUGGGCGGGAUCCAUGUGGGUAGAAUCUUCUGGAAGAGGGUGUUUGUCCAAGGCUGGUCUUCCGUGGCUGUUCCAAUGGUUGCUUUUCUAUAUUGCUUUGCUCAAGUUGGUAUUGAGUGGGACAUGAGAUGACAACACUGCUCAGGGUGGAAUCAUGGGAAGGCAGAAAAUACAAUGGUAUUUAAAGUUUUAUAAAAGUUUCGACCAGUCACAAUGUGGACAACUCUAGCAUUCCUUUCAACUCCUGCAAUAUCAUGUGAUUAUGUUUGUAUAUAAUACUGUAGCUAUGCUGUAUUUGAAGAGUGUGUGUGUGAAAAUGAAAUGGUGUGAAUGCUCCAGGUGUGUGUUUGAUGGUUAAUCCUGGUUUAUUUAUGAGUUUGCCUGAACACUGAUGGUGACACAUGCCUCUGAUCAGCGGCCAGGAUACAGCCAGACCAUUGCUCUCGCUCUCUCUUUUUCUGUCCCUCCAUCUGUGUAUAUUUCCAUCCUCAGGUUCAUUUUGUCCCUCUGAUCUUUCUUGUCCUGAUCUAUCUGUCUUAUGUUUUUAUCCAUCAUUCUCUCUUUCUCCUUGUGUAUCUACUUCUAUCUUCUUACUAACAGCUCAAGCUGCUCUGUGUGGUUAAUUAGAUCAGUGAUCUGCUAGCCUGGAGUUUCUCCUUUAUUAGAGAGAGGUAAGACGUGUGUGUGUGUUUCAGUGUUAGGAGGGAUUACACUUUAAAGAGCUUUAUCUCUGCAGCGUACCUUUAUCAGCAUCAGAUUAAUCUUUCAUAAUCCUUUCACAAAAUCUCUCUCUCAGGUUCAAUUUUAGUUUGCUUUAUUAGCAGGAUAAAACUGUAUAUUUGUAUUACCAUAUGCUUAUAAAUGGCCAUAUUGCCAUUGCAGCAUAGAAGCAAUGAAAAAUUUUGCAAUAUAAAAUAAUACUGCAAGUUAACAAAUAAGCAAAAUAUGAUUUAAUAAAAAAAAAAAAGUAAAUAUAAAUUUAAUUUAAUUCAAUUCAAUUAUUAUUAUAGUAUGUAUUAUUAAAAGUAAUUACAAGUGCACUGGCACGAUUUUGCCAUUAUCGCAAUCCCUGUCUCUUUCUCUGCGAUAUGAUGUUAUUUUAGAUGUAGAUGGUAUGGCAGAGGUCAUGUGACCUGCCCUUUUUGUGAGUCAUGCUGAAAUUGCUUACUGACAUCACACGUUACACAGGUCCUUGAUGUGCAUAUGUGUGUGUGUGUGUGUGUGUGUGUGUGUGUGUGUGUGUGUGUGUUUCUCAGCAUAGUUCACUCUGCUAUGCUAGCUAUGCUAAUGAAUGUUGAUUAAUUAUGUAAAAUUACACACAAAAAAACAAAAAACAAACAAACUCUGUAUUUCCUUCUGCUGAAGUCAGCAUGAAUUGCUGUUUACAAACCAUUUUUUAUAAUAUAAACAAUAUUUAAUGAGAUAAAUGCAGUGCGGGAUUUUUUUUUAUUCAUUGGGAGUAGGAUUGGAUGAUGAAAAGUGGGCGUUACAUACCUUUUAGUUCACCCAAAAAUGAAAAUAAUGUCAUUAAUUACUCACCCUCAUGUCGUUCCACACCCGUAAGACCUUCAUUCAUCUUCGGAACACAAAUUAAGAUAUUUUUUCACGAAUUGAAUCAGUGACUCGGAGCGCCAAAGUCACGUGAUUUCACCAGUUUAGCCAUUUGAUAGGAGAUCCGAAUCACUGAUUCGAUUCGUAAAGCUCCGAAGCAGUGUUUUGAAAUCGGCCCAUCACUAUAUUGUUGAAAAGUCGUUAUUUUGUUUUCUUGUCGCUUUAUAAUAUUAAGGUAGAACCACUUAACUCACAUGAACUGUUUUAAAUAUGUUUUUAUUACCUUUAUGGAUCUUGAGAGAGGAAAUGUCAUUGCUUUGAAUGCAGGCCUCACUGAGCCAUCGGAUUUAAUCAAAAUAUCUUAAUUUGUGUCCCGAAGAUGAAUGAAGGCCUUACGGGUGUAGAAUGACAUGAGGUUGAGUAAUAAAUGACAUUAUUUUCAUUUUUGGGUGAUCUAACCCUUUAAUGGAGCUAGACCUGAAAGCAGUUUCGUUAAAACAAUGGCUAAAUAGCUAUUUGGUUAUUGGUGAACAUUAUCAAAUAACCUGUUUCAAAUAGAUAUUAUGGACAAUUUUAUUUCUUUUGAAUAAGUAAAUCAUUCACAUUGAUUUCAUGCUGACUUUAAAGCUGAAAGUAGCUUUCAUGUUCUAAAAGAAAGAGAAAUGCAUCAUUUGACUGCAAUCAAGUAAAGAGAGUAUGGGCGAAAAUACAUAUAUAAAAUAUUUUAUUGUCAUAAAUAAUAUUUUACAGCAAUUUUACAAAUUUUGUCUUUGUGCUUUACAGUAGUAGUAAUUUUCAUGUGAAGAAAUGAUUUCAGUGAGGAUGUUUCAGUCAGUGAAUAAUGACCAUGCUGUCUGCUGAAUACAUCUGAAAUAAGUUCUUAAUUAGGGCUGUUUUUAAAAGAACGACCCUUAGAAGGACCUAUGUGAGCGGACAGACAUGUUUGUUCUUACAAACCCUGCAGUUUGAUAGAACAGCACAGCUCCAGCUUCAGUGUUAAAAAAUACUCAUUGUUCCCCAAAAUAUUGUACCGUACAUGUCAAGUUUCUGUUCAAACAUAUUUAUGUACAUGCAGCAACACACAAACUAAUAUACUGUGUGUACAAUAGCAUGUUUGGUUGAUUCUCACAAAAUCGGUCAAGAAUGGUAAAUGUUCAGUUCAUAUUUAACCCCAAAUUCAAAAGGAAAAAAUAAGAAAUUAUAUUUUGCAUGAAUAAAUACAUGUUAAGAUUUUAAUUUUUAUGUUUUUAUAGUUUUACAUUAAUCAUUUCAUGUUCAAUUCUCAAUACUGUAAUGCAAGAAAAAUAUUUUAUGUAAAUGAUAAAUUACUUAUGGUAGUAUUCUUUGUACUAAAUUAAUUACAUUUAAUAUUAAUAUUUUAAAUUAAUUGUAAGAUUUUAUAUUUAAUCAAUUAUAGUUAUUUUUAAUUUAAUAUCAUGAUAAAAUGGUCCUAAAAAUUUACUUUAUACAAAAUAUAAUUUUUUUUUUUGAUUUUGGGAUAAAAAUGACAUUUACUCAUUUAGGCUUCUGUGAAAGAAACCUGACCAUAGAAAAAGUUUCUUUAUCAUGGACUGGUCUCUAAAGAUGUAGUGGCCUGUUUUGUCGAGACAAGAUAUUUGGUUCCAGGGUAUUCAAACUGCCUAAUGCGAGAUUCAUUUCUUCUUACUAAAUGCAAAUUUGGACUCACUUGCCAAGAGUCAGACAGGUCUGCUACAAAGACUGAAUCCAUUAGCUCUAUGGGGUAAGAGGCAAGAGAUUAAAUACUCCUGCAGUAGAGUUUUCCUUUGUAUUUACCAUGCAUGUCUUAGCCUAAUUUUAGGUGCAAAUCAAGCCAUGCUGUUGUUGUAUUUGAUCAAAUCAGUCACGAUCAGAUGGUAACGAAUCUCUGUAAGUAAAGUAAACCAUGCAUCUAAAGGCUGCGUGUCUCUGCCUAAACGAAAUAACUCUGUACAAUCCUCAAUCUCAUUCUCUUACAAUGGAAAAAGUGCAUUCUCUGAAUAUUAAAACUCUUAUUGCUGUGCUACACAGGCAUGCAGUGACAUCAGGGCUGCAAUUUGUUUCUUAUAUUACGUUGGUUACAUCAUGUGGUUCAGGUUAAAUGUUAUAUCUGGGCUGGAGAAGCGUGACAGGAGUAAUCUGUGUGAAAUACAGCAGCAAUGAUUAUUGCUUCAGAAUCAGCUCAGGCUGAUGUUUUACAUUCCAGUUUACAUGGAUUUGCAUGUCAGUAUUGUUAUUAAUAUUACUGUAACAUUCAUAUGUCUUAUUUAAAAUCAGUUCUGGGCUGCCGGAUACAAACGCUAAACCUUAUCCAAUUUCUACUCAGUAUUUGGUGUCUAAGCAAAUGACCCAUAAUAUUAAAGCUAAUUAAGAUAUCAUUAUUGUAAAACAAGCUCUGAAGCAUAAAAUAACCUUAAUGGGAAUUUUGCCAUUUAAUAUUGUUCCUCUGGUGUCCUGCUGAUAGAAUGAGAUAAUCGUCUCUUAAGGGCAAAAUAUAUAUAUAUAUAUAUAUAUAUAUAUAUAUUUAAAGAAACUAGGAUUUUUUGCCAUACAACAUUUUCAGACUGUACAAAAUGUACCUUUUUUGUAACAUAAAUAAAUCUUCAUGUAGGAUAAACAUGA